AUGGUCGUUAAAGUAGAUACAGCCAAUAAGCUAAAAUAUUGCCUUAAAAGAAAAGCGGGUAGAAGUAUUAUAGAAAGACGCCCAAUAUUUUCUCCGGACGGCGAAUCAGUGGCAGUAAUAGUAGAAGAUAUAGUGCACGUAUACAAUGUACAAACAUGCGAACUAGUCAGGACCUUAGAAUCUGAAACUCCCAUUGAUGGGUUUGUUGGAAUAGAAUUUCCCCAAAAUGAAGAUUACAAUUUAUAUGGUUGCUCUAAAUCUGGACUGGUCACAAUAUGGACGUGGGACAAAGGAGCAGUUCUCAGAGAUACUCAUCUUCAAAUACCUGCAAAUUUAAUAGUACUGACAUUUGAUUUAAUAAAUGAAAAUGAAUGUUUUAUAACUGGAGCUGGUGGUUCAUACUCAAAAAACAUACACUAUGCAUCAUAUUCAAUAAAAACUGGUGAAUUACUUUGUGAAUACGGAACUCGGAUAUGGAAUACUCAACCUUUGAUAAAGGUUGCUCUCGGUUGGAACAACGAUGACAGAUUUGCUGCAAUCUGUAAUGGAACAAAAUCAUUGUACAUUCAAAGCAUUUACAAUCAGAAUACAUCUGCAAUUUUCUACAAUUUCUCAGAAUAUCGAAUAGUGUCUGUAGCUUGUCACAAAAGUAUCAAUACAUUAGCAGUAACAGACACUCUUGGCCGAGCCACAGUCAUCAGAGGAAAUUUAUAUGACAUUAGGAAUGCAGCAAAAGAAGUGUUUCAUUGGCAUUGCCUGCCACCUAUGGCUUUGUGUUUCUCAAUGCAAGGUAAUUAUUUAUACUCUGGAGGUGUGGAAUCGGUGCUCGUGAAGUGGACCUUGGGUAGCUUGGCAUACAAAGCUGCAGAGAAGUCAUUCCUUCCUCGCCUUCCUGGAUUGGUGCGGUAUAUAACAACAAACAACACACAUAUUGCAAUCACCCUCACAAACAACUCAAUAGUGAUAGCGAAUGCACAAAUGCAUGCUGUUGGCACAAUAGCUGAGUGUGGUGGUGUUUCGCCCACUGCGCGCACUCUCGAACCUGUCCUUAUCUACCAGCACAAGCUUGGAGCUCUACUAAUGCACGGACCGACCGGUCACUUGCAAUUGUAUUCUACAACCUCCAACAAAGUUUUAUAUAAUAUUGACAUCACUGGUCAAAAUCGGAUACAACCUGAGAGGUGGAACCUUAUGCCUUUACAAACCGAAAUUACAUGUGCAUCCCUAAGCCCCAACGGGCAAUGGUUAGUCACAUCGGAAUAUCGAAAUGACGGUUUUAUGUACCCAGAAGAACGGCUAAAAUUCUGGACGAUAAAUCAGAAUAACAAACAAAAAUCACCGUUCUUGAUGAACACCUGCAUAAACCUGUCCCACGGCGGCUGUCGGGUUGUUGCUCUGGCGUUCAGUUAUGAUGGAAAAUUGUGCGUGUCAUCCGGAUUGGAUCAAAAAUUUAGAGUUUGGGAAUUUGACUGUUCGAAUAACAAGAGGGGCAUUUGGGUGUGUUUGACAGCGUGUUACUAUUCAUCGGGCGUGGCUCAGUACUUGUCCCAAGGUAUAUUGAACAAUUUUAAAAUCGGUCACUCCGAGCCCAGCGAUGAUUUCACUCAAUUCCCCUACAUGAAGGAAAUGAGAAAAGAUGACCCGGUAAAAAAGCUGGCAAACUUUCACAACGAAUACACUAUAACGGACGACAGGAUGAGCGCUGGCUCGUGCAGUAACAGCGAAAACGAAAUGAGCGGAUUGGCUAUGUCAAGAGAUGGGUCGUUAAUAGCCGCGUGGUUCGGUUGUAAGCUUACACUCUGGGACACAUAUCUGUGCACUUUAAGGACGAGUCUGUCUCAUCCCGCUUUGAGGCCGAAAGGCGUCGACGUUAAAUUCGGGAACAACGACGCUGCACAUUACUUGGUGUGCACAACGGAAUCUUGCUUGGCCGUCUGGAGUUUGUUAUCUUUGACCGUUAAAUGGUUAGUUCAAUUGAACCCCAUGGCUCUGUGCAGUGAUUUACUGUCGAACAAAAUGGCCGUUGUUACUUCGAAUAAUGAUAUACACAUAUUUACUCCUCACAGUUCCAAGCCUCUGAUGUCACAGCAACGCGUCUCGGAUCCGAAUUUAGGAGUGUUCAAAAAAUGCGCCUUCGGAGCGUCGACGAAAGACGGUGUUACGUUAUAUUUGCUGAGAAAUGAUGUUGAGGUCUUCAGUUUCGAACCGGAGAAAACAAAAGAGGGACGCCUUGAAUCGAUCCCGCACAGCAACGCGCCCGUCUCCAAGUUCAGUACGCUGCUGGCCGAACAACAACUGUCGGCAGUCCGUAGAGGCGCACCGGUCGACACGCUGGCGUCAGACGUGGACGCUACGAGCAGUGCGGCCAUCUCGAACAUAUCGAUGGCGCCGCCAUAUAUGACACCUCCAGUAAGUCUCCUCUGUACAACAUUUUUACAAGAACUAGCUGGCCAAGAAGAGCCCAAAGAUGACGAAUUCACAGACCUCGAGGAGAAAAUGAACGUAGAUCAGUCUAGCGAUGAAGAAGAUGAUGUAAUAAAAUUAAACGGCCCCUAUGCACCAAGAGCAACCGAACUCUGGACACCGAAUUACGAAGCCGUCAAAGCAAAGAAACUUAACAGAAUACUUGAAGAUCCGUUCAUAGACUUGCACGCGACGAGUUCGUUAUUUGGAAUUUGAUUAUGUGUAUUCAAUUUUAAGUAAAUUUUAAAUAAAUAUUCUGAAUUUGC